GGACACUGUAUUCUAUAUUUAGGGCAGAAGAAAAACCAUUAAAUCGAUAGUUAGAGUUAUGCUUUCGAUUUGAAUUUCAGAAAUUGUCAUUAAUGACAUAAACAUAUAGUAAUGGGAACAACCGGAAAAUAAAGACACAACCAAGAUGGCGAGACAAUUGAAUCACGAUGAUAAGCGCCGGGUGCUUAACCGAGCACAUAGUUACCUGGUUCAAAACAUGUCGCUGACAGCAGAGGUUCUUACACACAUGCGUGACAAAGGACUCAUUACAGAAAAUGACCACAAGGACAUUUCGGAUUUGCAAACAGAGGCAAUGCGGAACCGUAUAUUGCUGAGUAAAGUGUCCAAGCAGGAGAAGGGUGGCGAGGGUGGGUAUGACCUGUUAAAAUCGUGUCUAAGGGAAAUGGGGCACGCCCAGUGUGCUGAGUUGAUGGAGGAAAAGGAGAGGGAGCUACUGACAGAAUCGUUUGGCCUGCGUAGAACAGAGGUUGUCCGGUUAUCGACCGAUGAAAAGGCGUCAGUGACGAAAUGUCUUCAUGACGGUCGGUUGUUGGAGAUGACGCAGGCACACAUCGAUGUCCUGAAGUCCAGCUAUUUUAAUACGAUCACUGGCGGAGGUUUCGGAAAGGUGUAUAUUUGUAACGGAGAAUGCAUAGGUGUUGACAAGACUCAGUUUGUUUUGAAAGAAAUUGUCUAUUCGGAGAAAUAUGGGGAAUUAGCUACCAGAUCUAUUGCGAAUGAGAAGAUUGCAUCCAGAUUGAUGCACUUCGCUAUUGUUCCAUUGAUUGCACAUUUUGAAGACAGCAGAAUGAGGCGGUCCUAUUUUCUUUCACCAUACCUAAACAAUGGUAGCUUGUUUGACGCCCUCAAAUGUAUAAGGUCCAAGAAGGAUACCAUUCUGUCUGUGCAAGGUAACAGAAAAAAGGUUCUGUUACACAUUGCUUCAGCUAUUGCAUACCUUCAUUCGGAAGUAAAGAAUUUUAGGGGAUCAGUUCUGCAUAUGGAUAUCAAGUCAAAUAACAUUGUUCUUGACUGUGAAUGCAAUGCACGGCUUGUCGACUUCGGCUUUGCCAGAGAACUGAAAGAAGGAACAACAUCAAUGGAAACCAAGGUGUACAACUACAGCGAUGGGUAUUUUCCUAAAGAAUUCAACACGAAGCCCACUGUGCGCCACGAUGUCUACAACUUUGGAGUUGUAAUUCGAGAAGUAGUGACGGCUUUCCCCCCACUAUAUCUGCCUGGAGAAGAAAAAGCCACGCCUACGCUUCGAGACGAGCGUAAAUUAAGUAUUUCUGAGUUCGUGUUACAACCCAAUGGUGUAGCCAAAGACAUUUGGAAGGUUUCAGAAAAAUGCAUUAGUGAUGAUUUCAGUCCAUCAAAAGACAUUCACAUCAAACUAGAGAACAUAACACGACAGCAUAUGAGCUCUUUCAAAAGAUGGAGUCCAGCACAGACUAGGCCACCAAAGUGUGAAAUCUGCCUUGUCAAUCCGUUCGAAGAAUCGGGAUGCAGGUACUUGAAACAUUCCAAAUCCUGCAGGGAACAUAUCAAGGUUUGCAUCGCGUGUAUGCGGAACUCGUACUUCAACCCGAUCAAGUGCCAUUCCUGCGAUAAAGAAAGGAUUGAUCCGUUCAUCGGUGUAGGUUGGGGUGCUGUUUUCGUCGCAGGGUAUGACAGCAAUCCGGAAAUUGCGGAAGCUUUUAAAAGAGAUGUUGAGGAAAUGCGCUCUUGCAUGACAUCUGUUAGCCUGCCGGUCAUGUGCAUAAGCGAAGAAAAUACUGCAGUUAUCAAACCCAAUUCUGGUGGAAAUGCAACACCUGAAAACGAAUGUCUCGAACGAACAGCGAUCGAAGAUGCUCUCCAACGUAUUGUUGAUAAUGACAUUGAGACAUUGGUAUUUUAUUACUCGGGCCAUCAUGGAGACAACGGGUUUCGUUUGAAUGAUAAAACAACUAUGACAAUUGACGAAAUCGGUGAUUCAAUUUCAGAAAAAUUUAAUGAACGUCAAAUGACAAAAGAGGGAGAGGAAAACACCGUGAGGACGCUUAGAGUGCUGUUGUUUUUAGACUGCUGCAUGCCACUCGAAUUGAAAAUUAAAGACAAUCCGACUAUCAAAAUUAUUCAGUUUAAUGCCUGUGCGGAUACGGAAGAAGCAAUAGUUGAAAAGAGAGAGAGUAUUUUCACCAAGUUUGUCAUCCAGGCUUUUACAAAGAAAGCCUCAGCAAAAAAGUGCUUGAACGAAGUAUGUAGUAACCAAAUGGAGUGCGGAAUCGAGGGAAAUUUUGUAACGAUGGAUGCUCUGCUGCAAUAUGUGAACAAACACGUUUCUGAUGCCGUUGUUGGGAAAAAAUCAAGCACUCAGGUCAGAGCAAGGGGGGCACUUGAUUCGAAAGACGUUAUCAUUGGCUACAACUACGAUUUCAAGAUGGAAUUUGCUUUUACACCAUACCACCUUGAUGUUCAUGGAGAGAGAAGGAAGCUGAAAACAGUUACAUUAAAACCAGACGACUUCAAAACCAUUGAAGAAGUAAAGAAAAAAAUUGCUCUCCAUGCUACAGAUGUGUUACCGAGAGAAUUGACGCAAGUUAUUCCCGACUUGCUAAGUAUCGAAAUAUCGACGGGACCAAGACGUACACAGAAGGAAGAAGUUAGUACCAUGGAACAACUUCUGGCUGCGUGGAAUGGUAAAAGGCAACUUGAAGUGAUACAGAGGGUCAUUGAAGACAUCGCUCCUGAUAAGCCUGUUGGCGUUGUUGUGCAGAAUGGAGGAUCACUGAGGGAUAAUUUAAUUCGAUUGGUAAAGGAGAACAAACUGAAAGCGUCCAUUACUGAGCAAAUCGGUGAUUCGUCACCAGAAAACUGGACUAGUUUCGCGGUCAAGGGUGAGGAUGUAAAAGAAUCGAUGAAUACAUUGCCAUCUGGCUUUAAAGCUUUCUUUCAAGCGAUGGUGAAAAUUUGUGAGAUUCAGCCGGAUCGUCGAUGGACACGGGUGCUUUGGAAGUUCCGAAAGGAUGGCCACUGGCAACCAAUCGUCAUCUUAGAAGUUGAACUUGGAGAAUGAUAGCGCCUGGAAAGUUUAUGUGAGCGUUGGAACGUAUAAUUUGAUUCGCUUAGUAGUUGGAUGUAGCUCGUUAGAAUUGAAAUUGCUAUCUGAUAGGAGGAAGACUAAAUUCAUAAUAUACACAUAUGUGUAUUUGUGACAAAUAAUUGUGUCGAAAUGAAUGUGAAUGUUUAGAUUGCAAAAUACAGUGUUAGCAGCAGUCAACUUGAUGAUUAAUCUGAAGUUGUAAUCGACGGCAUGUUUAAACUCGUCUUAAAUUUAUCUCUCAGACAUAGCUAUUUUAGUUCAGGUUUUGUAAUACUAAGUUGAAUUUAGAUGAUCAUUUUAUGUAUAUGUAUGUAGGUAUGUAUGCAGUGUUUGGUUCGAUAUAAUUAAUUAUGUUAGAUGUAACGUCAAAAUAUUUUGUAUGUAUAUCUAUCCUUUAUUUUUUUCUUCAUAAACAUAUUUAUUGUAAAAAAACGAGUGCAUAUAUGUGUAUGGUGCGGAGCGUUUAUUAUGUAUUGUACUUGUACAUGUAUCAUAUGCUAUUUAAACAGCUCAAUUUUAAUUCAAAGAAAAUUGUUUUGUAUUCAUUUCAAGAAUUCUAGAUUGAGGGUCAGUUUAGUAUUCCAUUUGCUUUUGGUUCUCUUUAUACACUUAAACAUAACCUCUACAUGUACAUGUUUCCUUUGCUCGUUAAUCUAAGAAGUGUUUUUUUAGUUUUUAUAUAAUAUAACUAUGUACUGUGUUGUUUGUGGAGUUUUGUGCUAUUGUUUCAUGUUUCUGGUUUGAGAUUGUUUGGUUUUGUUGUGUUCUUUGUCUAUGUCGUUGACUCUCUGCCAUUAAACGGGGUGUAUGUUUAAACAUUCGUCUACUGUGUUUCUGUAGUUUUUCAUAAACAUAUUUAUGUUUUACUCGAGUCUUGAUUUUUAUCUUCUAGGUUUAUACUUUCAAUAUUUCAAAGUUAAUCAUUUGACACUUUAAGGACAAACCCAGUAGCAUGAAAUUUAAUCAAUAACCUGCUAAAAUGCACAAUUAUCAAGAACGAUCACGCCAAACAAGAGACAACCUUAGACAUUACACCACUAUCAGAAUAUCGUCAUUUGGUAAACGUUUGGGCGAUUGCCUUGGACUGUCAGUAGAAACUUAGUUAGAAUUCACUUGAGUUUAUACCACUUUGUACUCCUCUUUCUCACACUUGUACAAACAUUUAACAAAGUGUUAAGAUCAUACGGACACAAAACGUAAAAAACAACAACAAGAAUUAAAAAAUCAACAGAACAAUGGACGAUAAAGCUUGAACUGUCAAGCUAAUUGGACUAAUAGCCAGCGGCUAUCACGAUCUGUCGACAGCUAGGUCUAGGCAAUUUACAUACAAAUCUAUCUUUGAUAAUUAUGAUGAAAUAUUUGUUUUUCGUUCCAAAUAAACUUUGACGUCUACUUUUGAUUUUUUGUUAUUACUUUAAAGUGUUUUAUACGUAACUCCGUUACGUGACACUCGUCUCUGUACAUAGUUUGCAUUGCAGUGUAUGAUAUGUCAACCAUGUACCUUUUGUUAUUUAAAUAAGGACAACUAACAACAACAAGAAUUAAAAAAUCAACAGAACAAUGGACGAUAAAGCUUUAACAUGUCUUGACAAUUAGUGGGGUAUUCCGCGUUGGAACGGUUAAAAGCCCGGUUAUCUUAGCAAAUUGGUAAAUUCUUGUACAGUUGUGUCAGAAAGUAGUGCGUUUUAAAUUCAAAUAAACGUUCAAAAGUGGUAACCCCGACGUUUAUUGAUACGCGAUAUUUCAAAAUUGAUAUGAUAUGUGGAUGCUGCCAUGUGUGUCUAGUUGAGUGUAUAGUAUGAUUAUAAUGCUUCGAUUCUUGCGCGGUAAAUGAUUUGCUCGUGUGACGUAACAGCCACAGAACUCUCUAAGUGUUCACUUAAACUGUUGGAAGUCUUUAAGCUAUUAAACAACAACCGGUCGAAUGUUAGUUCUUUAUUGUUUAACGUUCUUUUUAAGUACAAUAAUCAGUAUAUAAUACAGCAUGACAUUUAAGGUAAUCCCACAUCCUAACUGCCGUCCAUUAAGGACCCAAGGCCGCGUUCAUUGUCUUUCCUAACCCACCUGUCUCUAACUAUAUUUCCAACAUGCUUUCAUAUAUACUCCUAGCUCUUGACAGGCGUGCCUAUCAACCACCCAUUUAAUUUCUGGUUACAUACAAAGAACGUCUUUUUACAGUCAUGAACUGUCAAGCUAAUUGGACUAAUAGCCAGCGGCUAUCACGAUCUGUCGACAGCUAGGUCUAGGCAAUUUACAUACAAAUCUAUCUUUGAUAAUUAUGAUGAAAUAUUUGUUUUUCGUUCCAAAUAAACUUUGACGUCUACUUUUGAUUUUUUGUUAUUACUUUAAAGUGUUUUAUACGUAACUCCGUUACGUGACACUCGUCUCUGUACAUAGUUUGCAUUGCAGUGUAUGAUAUGUCAACCAUGUACCUUUUGUUAUUUAAAUAAGGACAACUGAUGUAGUUUUUUCUAAUAAAUGCAGUUCGUUCUUAAGUUUUGAUAAAACAGGGAACUAUUGAACAUUUAAACAAACUGCAAUCACUCAAAAGCGAUACUGUCGUGACAGGAUCCGAAAAUGUUUUCAUAUUUGUCUUUUGGAUGAAGAUGAACGAUCGUUAUAGGUGUAUUGUUAUAAACAAUGUAAUUUCAUUGUAUUAACACUUUAUAAAUAAUGUUAUAUUAUUUUGCUGCCGAUUUGUCAUUUUCAGUAGAUAUGUUCUUCAAACCCUGAAUUCAUCUUAUAUAUUUUAUUGAAAUUGCAGCAAAACAAUCCUUUAAUUCAUUUAUUAUGAUAAAUUGUAUCAAGUUAACAUUUCUAUGAGUAGCAUGAUAUGUAGCUAACAUACUAAGUCCAUGUAUUUAUAUAUUCUACAUUUUAUAUCUAAGUAUAUCACCGUUUCACAAAGUGAAAUAGGUGCUAUAUAGGAAUCACGCUCGUCACGUCCUUCCGUCCUGUUUUCUUUCAAUCCAUAUCUUUCUCAUUCAUGGUUGGAUUUUAUUUUUUUGCAGAGGUGACCACCAUAGCUUGAGGGUGUGUCGCGCACAAGACCCGUGUCCCUACCCUUAAUGUUAAGGUCACAGCAACCAUUCGAACUUCGUAUGCUUUACUAUUUAAGUCUUACUGAUUAAAGUUCGUGUCCAUUCCAUAUUUUUCUCCUUCAUCUUUGGCUUUUAAAGUAUUUGUCAGAAUCGACCACAACAUCAUGAGGAUCCUAGGUAAAGGUCACAGCCACCCGCACACAAACAGUUUCCCUAUAUUCGAGUUCAAGGUUUAACUUAAUAUGUUGUGCUAUAUAAGUCUUAUUGGUGAUAGUUUGUGUCACAUAACAGUACAAAUAUUUUCAAAUGUUCCUCAAUAUUAUGUGGCAUGUUUACUUUCAGUGAAGCACGUUCCAUUCGAUUUCUUUAAUUGUUUUAUUCAUGUUGUAUUUUCGAUGAGCGAUGGUAUUAAUCACAUUCUGUGAUCGCUCAAGUAAUAUAAGAAUACAGUUUUACAUGCAUGAAAACCUUGUCACCAGUAUUUUGCCGUUUAUAAAUCUGUGAAAUAUUGCCUGCAUACAUAUACAUAUGUCUAGGGGUGAAAAAGUAUAUAUACUAAUAGUGAUUAACUAAUACGCUUCAAAUUGAUAUUUCUAAAGUAACACGUCAUUUAUUUAGCAUGCUCCUAUCAUACUUAGGCUGAAAUGUUUGUGAAUGUAAUAUUCUUAGUUCCAUAUUGUAAAUUCGUCAAUCGAUAGAUUUUAUAAUCGCUGUUAAGAUCACAUGUGAUGAUGUUUCAUUGUCACCACAAUGGGUAUUUCUCUGGUACGUUUUUUGUAGGUCUUUUUGAAAAUACAGAACACAUAUUUGGGUGUUCUCUUUGGCCUUGAACUGCAAGUCUUGACACAAACAUGAAUGUAAAUAAAUAUACCUUAACUUGACAGAAGACCAUUUGUUUUUGUAUAAUUAAUUAAUAAAACACUGACAUAUCU